AACUUACAUGUCGUCUCCACUACGUUCCCCGUUUUAACCACCCUACUGCGAAAAAUUCCAAGAACGCGCAGCAAGGGACCGAGCCAGAGAGACAUCUCGAGAAUGGCGAUGCAAGGAAGGAGGCUCGCGGCCGUGUUGUUGCUCGUCGUGGCCACGGCGAGCGUGGCGUCGGCCCGGUUCAUCGUGGAGAAGAACAGCGUGAAGGUGGUGUCGCCGCACUCGCUCCGGGGCCGCCACGAGGCCGCGAUCGCCAACUACGGCGUCCCGGACUACGGCGGCACGCUGACCGGCGUGGUGCUGUACCCGGCCGACGCGAAGCUGGCGAACGGGUGCAAGCCGUUCGACGCGGCGGCGCCGUUCAAGUCGCGGUCCGGCCGCCCCGUGGUGCUCCUGGUGGACCGCGGCGGCUGCUUCUUCGCGCUCAAGACGUGGAACGCGCAGCAGGCGGGCGCGGCGGCGGUGCUGGUGGCGGACAGCGUGGAGGAGCCGCUGCUGACGAUGGACACCCCCGAGGAGGAGACCCCCGACAUGGCCUUCCUCGCCAACAUCACCGCCCCCUCGGCGCUCAUCACGAAGACCUUCGGCGACGCCCUCCGCGCCGCCGCCUCCAAGUCCGGCGGCGACGAGGAGGUGGUGGUGCGGCUCGACUGGCGCGAGUCGAUGCCGAACCCGGACGAGCGGGUGGAGUACGAGUUCUGGACCAACAGCAACGACGAGUGCGGGCCGCGGUGCGACGAGCAGGCGGCGUUCGUGUCGGCGUUCCGCGGCCACGCGCAGCUGCUGGAGAAGGCCGGCGACGCGCUCUUCACCCCGCACUACAUCACCUGGUUCUGCCCGUCCCAGUUCGCCGGCACGCGGCAGUGCGCGUCGCAGUGCAUCAACCACGGCCGGUACUGCGCGCCGGACCCGGAGGGCGACCUGGGGGCCGGGUACGAGGGGCGGGACGUGGUGUUGGAGAACCUCCGGCAGCUGUGCGUGCACCGCGUGGCCAACGCCCGGAACUCGUCGUGGGUGUGGUGGGACUUCGUCACCGACUACCGCGUCCGGUGCUCCAUGAAGGAGAGGAAGUACUCGCGGGAGUGCGCCGACGAGGUGGUGGCGUCGCUGGGCCUGCCGGCGGAGAUGAUCGCCGAGUGCAUGGGCGACCCCGAGGCCGACGUCGACAACGACGUGCUCAAGACGGAGCAGAUCGUGCAGGUCGGGCAGGGGAACCGAGGGGACGUCACCAUCUUGCCCACGCUCGUCAUCAAUAACGUGCAGUACCGCGGGAAACUGGAGAGCACGGCCGUUCUGAAGGCGAUCUGCGCCGGAUACAAGGAGACCACCGAGCCCCGUGUCUGCUUGACGCAAGACAUGGAGACUGACGAGUGCCUGAACAACAACGGCGGCUGCUGGCGCGACGACAAGACCAACGUCACCGCCUGCAAGGACACGUACCGGGGGCGGACCUGCGAGUGCCCGGUGGUGGACGGCGUGCAGUACGAAGGGGACGGGUACAAGGAGUGCAAGGCCGUCGGGCCUGGGCGGUGCGCGGUGGACAACGGCGGGUGCUGGAAGGACACCAGGCACGGCAAGACCUUCUCCGCCUGCGCCGGCUCCGAAUCGCUCAGCGGGUGCAAGUGCCCUCCGGGGUUCAGGGGCGACGGCAUCACCUGCGAAGACGUGGACGAGUGCGGCGAGAAGCUCUCCUGCUCCUGCCCGCACUGCUCCUGCCGGAACACCUGGGGCGGCCACCACUGCAGGUGCAAGGGCGACGACCUCGUCUACAUCAGGGACCAGGACACCUGCGUGGCGAAGAACACGUCGUCGCUCGGGUGGACGGUGGUGGUGCUGGUGCUCGCGUGCCUCGUCGGCGCCGGAGCCGCCGGGUUCGCCUUCUACAAGUACAGGCUCAGGUCGUACAUGGAUUCAGAGGUAGCGGCGAUCAUGUCGCAGUACAUGCCUCUCGAGAGCCACAGCAGCGAGAACCGGCCGCUGAGGGAGGAGGCUCAGGAAGCAUAGGCCGGUCUGGUUCCAGCAAUUCACGCUAGCUAUGAAUUUUUCAAGAUUUUCGACAGGUCGUGUACAUGACAGAAACAGAAUAUAGCUUUACCUGACAGGCAGGAGCUCUUUCCAUUUUUCUGCCUGGCACAUUUGUAGAGAAAGGUGAGGGAUAGGUCAUAAUAUUUUGAUACGAUGCACCAAACACAGAUGGCAUAGUACAUACUAGUCACGAGCCUGGCACAUUUUGCUGUAUAAAAUUCUACACUGCAUACAAGAAUAGCUGCGGCUUGUAAAGGUGGAUGAUAGAACUGAACAAGUAGCUGUUUCUGAUUUUGUGGCAACAA